AAAAUUUAAUUCCAAACGACGCCAUUCGCUAACAGUUUCCCGCCAUUGUUUAUCCCGGCCACCGCAAUUUGACAGUUUGUUGUGAAUUUUUCCGAGUUUUAGCAAAAUGUCCGAGAAUAAUGAAGUUGAAAAUGAACAAGAGCAAAAUAUGGAUGACUCCGACGUUGUAACGUUAACUUUGAACGAUGUUUUGGAGCUUGAAGAGGAGAUAUUCCAAGAAUCUGCUGCUAUAUUGGGUGCAUCCAGUGAUAAAGUUUGUUCAUACCCUGAUGGCUACAUUAAACGUCAGGCUUUAUACUCUUGCCUUACAUGCAUUCCGGAGUCAAAAACCGACAUGGAGAAAUCGGCAGGUGUCUGUUUAGCUUGUACUUACCAUUGCCAUGAGGGACAUGACUUGGUGGAAUUGUACACCAAAAGAAACUUCAGAUGUGAUUGUGGCAACUCGAAGUUCCCCAAUGGCAAAUGUAACUUGUACGAGGAUAAAAAUGAGAUCAACGAUAUGAAUUUAUACAAUCAGAACUUCACUGGGGUUUAUUGUACUUGCCAUAAGCCCUAUCCAGAUCCUGAGGAUACUAUUUCUGAUGAAAUGAUUCAAUGUGUGGUUUGUGAAGACUGGUUUCAUACAAGACAUUUAGGAGUUGAAAUGCCCAAGGAUAAUUUUUCUGAAAUGAUUUGCGAAUCGUGCAUCAAAGAUCACGAAUUUUUGUUGCAUUAUGAAGAAUUUGUAUGCGAUACUGAAAAAGAUACUAAAACCGAUGAAACUAAAGAUGUUGAAGUUGAGAAAGUUCCUGAAACUGCUGAAAAAGAAUCAGAAGAAACUCCAUACCCAGGCUGUAAAAAACCAAAAACAAAAUCAGACAAACUUACAACUAAAUUCUGGAAGGACAUAAACUGGCGCAAAGAGCUUUGCACAUGCGAUGAUUGCCUUAAAAUGUAUGAAGACGAAGAAAUAACGUUUCUCCUUGAUAAUGAAGACCCUGUGCACUUGUAUGAAGAAAGGGGCAAAGCAAAGGCAAAGGAAGUCGAAGCUGAAAGCGAUAAAACACUAAAUUCCUUACCCAGAGUAGCUGUUAUGGAAUGCAUUGCUGGCUACAAGGAUCUAAAGGACAAUUUGGCGGCAUAUUUGAAAAAGUUUGCCGAAAACAAAACUGUGGUACGAGAGGAAGAUAUUAAGGAGUUCUUUGAGGGUAUGAAGGCCAAUAAGAAGGCCAGAACUGAAAGUUAUUCUUGUCGUUAAAAAAAAAUGGUUAACAUUAUUUUAAGUAUACAUAUUUACCUUAAAGGUGUUUUCGUUUUUUUAGAAUGUAUUUAUUAUUUGAAUCUCUUGAAUAUAUAAUUAUUCAAUUAGUUAU